CUGGCUCCGGCGCUGGUUCUGGCCCAGGUCCAUCCUCCGCUUCAGCCUCCUCUCAACACCAGCAAGGCCCUCCUCCCGGCUACCAGUCGCCUCCCAAACCGGUGCUCAACAUGUCGCACACCUACUCACGGUCCAGCCCCGCGGCCAACUACGACACGCCGGCCUCGUCGUCGUCCUACCACGCCUACACGCCCACCACUCCCAGCGGCUCGUCCUCGCAGUUCAUCUCGCCUCAGGAUGCCGCAAAGUACAAUGCCCCGGGCUCGCAGCGCACCUUUUCCAACACGCCGCUGGGCCUGGCUGACAUCCGGCCGCGCGCCGACUCCAGCAUGUCUGAUGGGGCUCCCGGCACGCUUGGCUACGAGCUUGCCAACACACAGCCUGGCCCAAGCAAUUACCUGGCUCCGUGGCCCAUCUACGCCUUUGACUGGUGCAAGUGGACGCCCCGCGGCAAUGGCGCUGGCAAGGUCGCUGUCGGCAGCUAUCUCGAAGACGGCCACAACUUUAUCCAAAUCUUAGAUAGCCAGAUUGCCCCGACCCCUCAAGAUGUAUACACCCCCGGCACGUCCAAGUACAAUCUCGAGUUUACCAAGGUUGCCGAGGCCACACAUUCGUAUCCCGUAACGCGGCUGCUGUGGGAGCCUCCCUCUUCGCAGAAGCAGUCCACCGAUCUCUUGGCCACCUCUGGUGAUCACCUAAGGCUGUGGUCGCUGCCGUCCGAGACAUCUGCGAACCCGGGAAACACAAUUACACGCCCGGGUCGCGACUCGGUUGUCACAAAAUUGACUCCUCUGGCACUCUUGUCAAACUCCAAGACGCCCGACCAUACAGCGCCGCUGACGUCUCUCGACUGGAAUACCGUUUCUCCCAGCCUCAUCAUCACCUCCAGCAUUGAUACCACCUGCACAAUAUGGGACAUUCCAUCAUUGACUGCCAAGACGCAACUAAUUGCACAUGACAAGGAGGUAUACGACGUAAGAUUCUGUGCAAAGAGCGUGGAUGUCUUUGUCAGCUGCGGUCAGGAUGGAAGCGUACGCAUGUUUGACUUGAGGAGCCUGGAGCACUCGACCAUCAUCUACGAGCCAACAGGAAAAGAGGAUCGAACAGAAGCAGGAGGCCGUAUGAGCCCUACGACUGCCCAGCAGACUCUUUCGAACCCUCCCCCGCUGCUGCGGUUAGCUACAUCUCCUCACGAUACCCAUCUUCUCGCAACCUUUGCUCAGGACUCAAACGUGAUUCGGAUCCUAGACGUUCGACAGCCUGGCCAGGCUCUGCUUGAGCUUCGAGGACACUCCGGCCCAGUCAACUGCAUAGAGUGGUCUCCAUCACGGCGAGGCACACUGGCCUCGGGAGCAGAUGACUGCCAAGUGCUACUGUGGGAUCUCAUGAACUCCUCGUCCAUCAAUGGCACCCAGCAGCAGGAGAACCAAAGAAGCCCUGUUGCGUGCUGGGACUGCGACUAUGAAAUUGGAAACCUAGGCUGGGUACCGCAUUUGCAAGGCACCGAUGGUGGAGAAUGGCUCGGUGUCGGUGCAGGACGAGGCGUUUGGGGCGUUAAAGUGUAGUGAGAGGCCUUGUGCUGGGAAAUGUCCAAGAACGACUAAAGGACAAGGACAAGGACAACGAAAAGGCCAUCCAGUGCUUUUGCCUCAUCCUCACUAUAUGCACCGGCGCCAACUGAUAUAGACUUGGCUGCUCAACGGAGGGUAUAUGUAUCACCUAAACUUGAAAAAGGGAAUUAUUGGAGUUUUGUACCAGCGGCCCAGGUUGUAUGAUGCCGGCCACUUUGGAGUAUGGAGACAGUGACGAGUAACGAUUGGAAGUUUUCGGUUAAAUGGGAUUGGUAGCGCAGUGCGAGGGGUGUGUCGUGUCAUACGGGGGGGUCCUUUAUCACAUUUAGUUUGUCGCAAUUUGAAGCCGCGAGAUUCUAGCAGACCUGGCCUUAUAAAUAUAGCGAGUAUAUGCAUCAUCC